AUGUCUGGUUUUGAUAUUACAACUAUUUUUGAUAAAAAAGAUAAAACAUUACCUAAAUCCUUUAAUAUUUGUUCUGGAUAUGAUUUUAAAUAUACUAACGAAACAUCUGUUCAAUGGACAAUAUGA